CGCAAAAGUAAGGUGCUUGUCGCGUUAUAAGGCAGAUAAAAAGCGAAAAUAGAUGAGCGAUCGAGUACGUAAUUCUGCAGGAGGAGCGCGCAGAAAGUGAGCGCGUUCGUUCCACAUGAUGACGACAUUGUAUACCGGUAGGGUCCAGCAGCAGGCAGUAGUGGGCAGUAGCAGUGAGUGCGACUGAGUCAGUGUGUUACGUGUUGUUAAAAGUGACCUCCCGCCUGCCGCCUCAUUGCGCCUCUUUUGAACCAACAGCCGAAUCAGUUCGACGGUUGCUGUUGCCGUGACUUUCGCUGCUACCAGAUGCCAUAAUAACAAACAUAACGUAGGUCCAGGCAAUUCCAUUCCAGCCGGCAGGAUACAUUGUCACGUCUCUACUGCGAUAAGACAAGGCGUCUUAUCAUCGUCGUUAUAACAAAAGCGAAACAAUGCCAUCAGACUCUUGAUUUCAAUCAGAUCGUACGGAGACGGACGUACAUGUUGGUUGGAUCUGUGACAAACACCGAAUCACAAAAAUAAAUAGUUAUCGAAAUAUUCAACUUUUCUGUAUUCCUCCAGCAGGAAUAUCAACAGGGAAUAACAACAACAACAUCGUGCACAAAGGCGCAACCUUUAUUGAUCCUUGGGGUGAAAUGUACUAAGUGAUUGAAGUCCAAGGGGAGAAACAAUAAAGAUGCCGGCCGUCAUCUCGAAACUGCUGGACAAGACGAGCUCCGCAAAGGAAUUCCUUCACUCGAAUCAGAGUUAUUUAUCGAAAGGUAUCAUAACGGCGGUGAUCGUAGCGUACGGAGCGAAGGUAGCGUAUCCGCUGCUUGAGAAUCUGAUCAGUAAACCGAACAAGCAGCAUGAUUGCGUCAACAAUAAUCUUCUGGUGCCGCAGAAGGGUCCGAAGAAGUCGCGCAGAAACCUGAACAGAAUACCGACACUCAAUCUGAACUUCAUACUGCAGUUCAUCAAGCUCGCCAGAAUCAUGAUUCCGAGCUUCAUAUGCAAAGAGACGAUCCUGCUCUCCGGUCACACCACGUUCCUCUUCCUGCGAACUUUCCUGAGCAUUUACGUGGCUAAUCUGGAGGGCGCAAUUGUUAAAUACAUAGUGCGAAAGGAACCAAAGAAUUUCAUCAAGCAGCUGCUGAAGUGGUUCGCCGUAGCUAUACCGGCCACCUUCAUAAAUUCGAUGAUCAAGUACUUGGAGAGUCGGAUAGCUUUGGGUUUCAGGACGCGACUCGUCGAGCACAGUUACAAGCUUUAUUUCAAGAAUCAGAGCUACUACAGAGUCACGGUUCUAGAUGGUAGAUUGGAUAAUUGCGCUCAACGUUUAACCGAUGAUAUUGAGAUUGUCGCGAAUACCGUGAGCCAUUUGUACGGGCAAAUAACCAAACCACUGUUCGACAUCCUACUCAUGACUAUAGCUUUAGCCAAUCUGACAAAAUCGAGGAAUGCGAACAUCGUGACCGGACCUAUUUUAAUCAGUGGAGUCGUCGUGGUUUCCGCUCUGAUUCUUAGACUAGUCAGUCCGAAGUUCGGUCAACUCGUCGCCGAAGAAGCCGAGAAGAAGGGUUACUUGAGACACGUCCACACCAGAUUGGUAACGAAUUCGGAGGAGAUCGCUUUCUACGGUGGCCAAAAGGUCGAACUGUCGCAUCUGAGGAGCGCGUACAGAAUUCUCGCUCAGCACAUGGAGAAGAUGUUCGGCGUGAAGCUGUGGUUCGUGAUGCUCGAGCAAUUCCUCAUGAAGUACGUGUGGAGCGGUACGGGUAUGGUCGUCGUCAGUUUACCUAUCUUAAUGUCAGUAAAAGGAAACGGCGGAAGCACCGGUUCCCAAGAUAACAUUUCCGAGCGCACGCAAUACUUUACGACGGCCAAAAAUUUGUUGUUAACUGGAAGCAACGCCGUCGAACGUUUGAUGUCCAGUUACAAGGACGUAGUAGAAUUGGCCGGGCACACUGCUCGCGUAGCCAACAUGUUUUCGGUCCUUGAGGAAGUUUCCAAUGGCAUUUACCAUAAAACAAUCGUCGAGAAAAAGAAUUCCGCUUUCAAAAUCGACUUUAAAGGCGAUCAGGCUAUUCCGAAAGGUACUGUGAACUUUACCAACAAUAACGAAAUCGAUUUGGUCGACGUGCCGAUCGUUACACCCAAUUGCGACGUCGUCUGUCCAUCGCUGAGUUUCCAACUGUUGCCCGGACAACAUCUUCUGAUUACCGGCCCGAACGGAUGCGGAAAAUCUUCCCUCUUCCGUAUUUUGAGCGGUCUCUGGCCAAUCUUCGGCGGUCAAUUGACCACUCCGAAGAACUCGAUGUUCUACAUCCCGCAGAGACCUUACAUGGUUAUCGGUAAUUUGAGGGAUCAAAUUAUUUAUCCGGACACGCAAGCCGAUAUGAUCAAUAAGCAAGUGACCGAAGAGGAUUUGAGGAGAAUCAUGAGUUUGGUUCAUUUGGAUCAUAUCGUUGAUAGAGAUGGGUUCACUGUUGUUAAAGAUUGGACCGAUAUCCUUUCCGGAGGAGAAAAACAGAGGAUGGCUGUGGCCAGGCUGUUCUACCAUAAGCCCAAAUACGCUUUACUGGAUGAAUGCACUUCGGCCGUGUCCAUUGACGUCGAAAGCCACAUCUAUCAAUCCGCUAUUGACAUGGGAAUCACUCUGUUGACCAUUACACAUAGACCAACCUUAUGGAAAUUCCACACACACAUCUUGCAAUUCGACGGGGCCGGUGCUUGGGAAUUCAAGGAACACAACGCGGAGGAUAGAUUGAGUUUGAAGAAGGAGAAGGAAAGUUUGAUGAAGCAACCGGUGACGAUAGCGAGGAACGAACGACUAAAAGAACUGAAUCGACUAUUGGGCGAAUAGAUAUAUUCAAUAUAUUACUACUAUUACUAUCACAUCCCAGUUAGAGACCCCCCCCCCGCCCUUGUGCGUCCUCACUCCUUCUUAAGUGUGAUGUAACAUUGUCAUUCAAGUAUUUUGUUUUUCUUUGAAUACUUCUGGCCAUCACGAAACAGAGAUUAUAUUAUAUAUGUAUAUUAAUGUCUAAUAAUUAUUU